GUGAUGUUAUAGGUUCUUUCUCCUGCUAACUGUUUCUUUAAGGUUUCUGCUUGCAAUUUGAGAAGAUAGAUAAUUUGUGCACUGAACAUAAAUGAGUCAUAAGAGAUUGGUGAAAGAAGAAGUCUGUUCAUAAAACUUAUGCAUUGAAAGUACGGAAAACGAGAUGGCAAGUUUCCUCUGUGAUUUGGUGAAGAAAUAUGUGGACAAAUUGAUUGAUGGCGCAAUAGCAGAAGCACGUUAUGUAUUUUGCUUUACAUGCAUUGUUAAGAAAUUUGAAGAAGAAAGAACUACGUUGGAACCACAAAGGAUAACUAUCGAGCAACGUGUCAAAGAUGCAAGAGAAAGAGAUAAAGAUAUUCAAGCUAUAGUUAGUUCUUGGGAAAAAGAUAUUGAUGAGCUCAAUCAAGUGGACACAAAAACAAAACAAACAUGUUUUUUUGGAUUUUGUCCUAAUUGUAUCUGGCGAUAUAAAAAGGGAAAGGAGUUAUCAAAUAACUUGGAGAAGAUCAAACAACUAAAGGGAGAGAAAUUUGAAAAUAUUGAACUUCCUCGCCCUGUUCCAGGUGUUGAACGCUAUUCAUCCAAAGAUUACAUUUCUUUUGAAAGUAGAGAGUCAAAAUACAAAGAACUGUUGGAUGCAUUAAAAGAUGACAAUAACUAUAUAACCGGAUUGCAAGGGAUGGGGGGCACCGGAAAGACAACAAUGGCCAAAGAAGUGGGUAAAGAGCUAAAGCAAUCUGAAAUAUUUGCUUAUGUCGUUGAUACGACCGUGUCAUUUACUCCUGAUAUAAAAAAAAUUCAAGAUGAUAUUGCUGGAUCUUUAAGACUGGAAUGGGGGGGUUGUAAUGAACCAGACCGACCCAAAAAACUAUGGAGUAGAUUAACAAAUGGUGACAAAAUUCUUGUGAUACUGGAUGAUGUGUGGGAUCGAGGCCUGCCUCUUGAUUUUGAUGCAAUAGGAAUUCCAAAACAAGACACACACAAAGGUUGUAGAGUUCUUGUAACCUCGCGUAAUCAAGAAACUUUCAACAACAUGGACUGUGAUAAGAUAAUUGAAUUGGGUCUUUUAUCAGAAGAAGAAGCGUGGAUCAUGUUCAAAAUGUAUGCCAAGAUAAGUGAUAGCACCUCUCAAAAAUUGAUCGAUAAGGGACGUAAAAUUGCAAAGGAAUGCAAACGAUUACCUGUUGCAAUUUCAGUUAUCGCCAGUAGCUUAAAGGGCCACCAACAUCGAGAGCACAAAUGGGAUGUGACAUUGAAAUCCUUGAAGAAGCCUGUAUCCAUGCAUGGUGUUGAUGAUGAUAAGGUUGGAAUUUAUAACUUGUUGAAGAUUAGCUAUGAUAAUUUGAAGGAUGAAAAAGCCAAGGGGUUGUUUCUCUUAUGUUCGGUUUUCCGAGAAGAUGAAGAAAAUUCUAUUGAAGUUAUAACAAGACUUUGCAUAGGUGUGGGCCUUUUGGGGGAAGAUUAUGGUAGCUACGAUGAUGCUCGAAACCUAGUAGUUCUAGCCAAAGACAAGCUCGUAGAUUCUUGUUUGUUGUUGGAGGGCGGUGAAAAAUGUCUAAAACUGCAUGAUUUGGUCCGAGAAGCAGCUCAAUGGAUAGCGAACAAAGAGAUUCAAUGUGUAAAAUUGUUUGAUGAAAAGCAAAAGUCAUUGGUUGAAAAGCAGACAAAUAUCAAAUAUUUAUUAUGUGAAGGGAAGUGCAAGGAUUUAUUUUCCUUGGAAUUUGAUAGCUUGAAACUUGAGACUUUAAUUGUCAAGGUGGAUAGAGAAGAAGAGGAUAAAUGUAUAAAAGUACCAGAUUCUUUCUUUGAAAAUGUUAUCAGGCUCCGUGUUUUGAAUUUUUCAGGCAUUCAUUUCAGCCAAUCUUUAUCAUUACCACCUGCAAUUCAGUUAUUGACAAAUAUUCGAUCUAUGUCGUUUGAUCAUGUUGAUUUAGGUGAUAUCUCUAUUUUGGGAAAACUACAGAGACUUGAGACUCUUGAUUUGGAUAGAUGCAAAGUCAAUGAAUUGCCAAACCAAAUUACAGAACUGAAGAAGUUUAAAUUGUUGAAGUUGGAAUUUUGUGAAAUUAGAAUGAAAAAUCCAUUUGAGGUUAUUAAAGGAUGCUCAUCACUUGAAGAGUUGUAUUUCAAAUAUAGUUUCAAUGAAUUUUGUAAGGAAAUAGCCUUACCUGAGUUGAAAAGAUAUCAUAUCCAUGGUAGAGGUUCCUUUUAUUUGGAAAGACAAUCCAGGUUUUCCAAAUAUGUUGUGUUUCGUGGUGAUGAAAAGUGUCAAUUUUCAGAAGAAACGCUCAAGUACUGCAUGCAAACAGCAGAGGCUCUUUUUCUAGAAGGAAUUAAGGGGGAAUGGAGAAAUCUCAUGCCUGAGAUUUUUCCUUUAGAACACGGUAUGAAUGAUCUUGUUGAACUUCAUUUGGAUCGGAUUUCACAACUACGGUGCCUCAUUGACACCAUUGGUUCUCAUGUACCGAUCUUGUCCAACUUGGUUGUACUAGAACUGAAAAACAUGAAAAAUUUGGAACAACUAUUCAAUGGUAAGGCAAACCUCUGCAAUCUAAAGAGCAUCAAAGUUGAGAAUUGCCCUAUGUUAGUUUCUAUACUACCUUUCCUCUCUGCUCAAGACCUUCCAGUACUAGAAGCUAUCACAAUAAGAAAAUGUGAUGGAUUGCAAUAUGUGUUUGGUCAAUCUCAACAUGUUGAACUGGUUUCACUAACUGAAUUGGAGCUCUCUGAAUUACCAAACUUCAUUGGUAUUUUUGAAGAAUGUGUGAAGGGAUCAUCUUCCACUUCCAAAGCACAAAUACAAUUGGAUCCUAUGCGUGAUAGGGAUCAACCGCAUGACUGCUCAGUGGCAUCGGAAUCAAAUUCAUAUGGCCUUAACAUAUGGGAACGUCUUGGAAUACAAUCAAAGAUCCUCCGCAAUAUUAAAGAGAUUGUGCUGACUCAUUUUCCGAAGAUGAAAUCAGUAUUUAUCCUAUCUAUUGAUCUAAUAAUGCAGUUGGAAACUUUGACAAUUAAGAAUUGUGAUGAACUGAAGCACAUAAUAAUAGAUACUGGAUAUCAUAACAUUGGUGGCAACAUCUGUGUCAAUGUCUUCCCAAAAUUGAAAGAGCUCUAUGUUGAAGAUUGUGCUCAAUUGGAAUACAUAUUUGGACAUGACACUAGUGAUCAUCAAAACGAUAUGGGGAUUCAGCUUCAUCUUCCGGAAUUGAGAGAACUCUAUCUUACCAGUCUGCCAAGUUGGAUCGCCAUGUGUCCCAAACAAUAUCGAAUAACAUAUCCUUGUUUGAAAUAUCUUCGUCUCUGGGAAUGUUCCCAGGAUAAUACAAUCAUUAAGGAAUUGAGUGGGAACGUUGAUCAUUUUCUUACUUUGGAAAUCCUUGAUUUAUGCAAUUCCAAUGUAGAAAAUAUAUUUUCCCUGAAUGAAAUUGAUGAACAGCAACUGGACUUAGCUUUGCGAUACAUUGUCUUGAUUGAUCUGCCUAUGAUGACUUGUCUUUUUGUGGGUCCCAAAUAUUCAUUUGCCCUCAAAAACCUUACAAGCAUAACAAUCAUGCGAUGUGACAAAUUGAAAAUUGCAUUCUCCACUUCCAUUUUAAGAUUUCUACCACAGUUGUUUUAUUUAACAAUAGGAGAAUGCAAAGAGUUGGAACAUAUUAUUGAAGAUCAUGAUGGUUUGGAAAAUAAAAACAAUUCAACAACAUGCUUCCCAAAGCUAGAAGGACUUGCUGUUAUAAAGUGCAACAAGUUGAAAUUUGUCUUUCCAUUCUCUGUAUGUAAAGAGCUUCCGAAGCUAACUUUUCUGAUGAUAACAGAAGCAAAUGAGUUAGAGAAAAUAUUCAAAAGUGAAGAUGAUCAGAAAGUUGAUAUUCCAAAUCUAAAUGUUUUAGUAUUUGAUAUGCUGCCAAGCCUCUGUUGUGCUCAGGGAAAUCAAUUCCAGACUGUAAAAAAUCGCUUCGUGCGGGAUUGUCAACAACUCAAACUGACUUCAGCAUCAACAACCAACACCUUCAUAGAAAUUGAAAAGUUACGUUACGUCAUAGGUACACAAUAUAUCCAAUGUCUCAGUUUGAUUUUACAAAUAUGUGAUUUUUGUUUUACCUUUAUAUAUUUUGAUUUUAUAAUAUUAAUGCUUAUCUAUCUAAUGAUGUUCAUAAUGUAUUUUUCUAUAGAUGAUGAUUUGUAUGAGAAAGUGGAAGAUCUAUUUCACAAAGAAUUUGAUAAAGAUUUUGAUACUGAGUUGAAUUUAGCAAGUGUUGAAAUUGUUGAAAAUGCUGGGAUUGAACAACUGCCAAGUGCAAAAAUCACUGAAGAUUUUGAACUACCAGUUGAUCAAGGGGAUCCUUCUCAAAAAGUAGAAGAUUUAGCAAUUCUCUCAAAAAUACAAAUGAAACAAACACCAGAGACAGAGCAUGAAUUUGUUGAAAAUGUUCCAGAUUUAGCAAUACUACCAACAAAAUCAGGAGAGUUGCAGAAUAAACAAUCACUUGGAGAAACUGAUACUACAGUCCAAUCUUCUCAAUUGGAGGGAUCAACAUCAGAAAAAACAGCAGUUGCAACUGUGUCUUCCAUUUCAAGAACAAAGAAUGAGCCACCAAUGCAAGUAGUUACGUCUAAACAAAAGGGUAUUGAGAUAGAAGGAACUUCUAAGACUAAUAAUGAUCAAGCUUCUCUAAAUGGCGAUGCUUUGAUGAAAGUAAACUCAUAUGUUGAGGAACAAUUUUUUAAGGAUGAUGAAAUAAUAGUUUCCAAAUCUGAACCCUCUCCGAGCAUCACAUCUUUUGUUGCAUCUAAAGGGGAUCCUUCUCAAAAAUUAGAAGAUUUAGCAGUACUACCAACAAAUUCAAAAAUACAAAUGAAACAAACACCAAAGGCAGAGCAUGAGUUUGUUAAAAAUGUUAUGGAUUUAGCAAUACUACCAACAAAUUCUGAAGAGUUGCUGAAUGAACAAUCACUUGGAGAAACUGAUACUAUCAUCAAACCUUCUCAAGUAAAUAAUUUGGAUGGAUUAACAUCAGAAAAAACAGCAGUUGCAACUAUGUCCACCAUUUCAGGAACAAAGAAUGAGCCACCUAUACAAGUGGUUGCUUCUAAACAAAAGGGUAUUGAGGUUGAGAUAGAAGGAGUUUCUAAGACUAAUAAUGAUCAAGUUUCUUCAAAUGGCGACGCUUUCAUUAAAGUAAACUCAAAUGUUGCCAGAUCUAAACCCUCCUUUCCUAGCAUCACAUCUCCUAUUGCAUCUCAGGGUGACCCUUUUCUUGUCAAGAGGGAGCUUGAGGAACUGGUCUCCAAGAAUCAUUUGGAUUAUCAGAACUUGUCUUUGUUAACUGAUUUUCUUGUUAAUAAUCCUUCUGUUCGUUUAAAAGACACUUCACUUGGUGAUAUAUACAAGGGCUGUGCCUAUAACUUCCUAGCUAAGCUAUUGAAAUUCCUCGAAACCCAUAGUUUGCUGGAAGUAUCAGGCUCGAGCCACUCUGAAUUUGUGGAGCUAUUACAAGUUGUGCGAAACUUUGCUUUUGAUAAGGAAUGGUUGGUUGGUGUCGAGAGGCGUGUUUUAUUUCCUGAAAUACAAGUAUCUCAAGAUGCCUUUGAAAAAUUAUUGGAUUCCAAGAAACGGGUUGCUAAGGAUGUUGAAGACUUGCGUUUGAAGAUAGAUUUUUUAAGUCAAGUGGCUGAAGAUCUUAAGCAUCAAUUGACAUCCUCUGAAGCUGUUUUGGAGAGUAUCAUUCAACAAGAGGCAAUUUUAAGUGCCCCUAUCGGUUAUUAGACUAUAUUUUCAUUGCUAAUUUGCUAUGCUUUUCAUUGUGUGUGUUAUUUAUUGUCCUUCAAUAUUGUUUAUUCCUUGAGUGUGAGGUUUCGUCAUUUCUCAUAUGAAAUGAACUUAUGAACCGUCUUAUUAUGUUUGUGUUGGGUGGAUUCACUCCUCAAGUGGAAUCCACACAAAUUAUAUUAAAUGAAAAGACAAAAAAAAAGUGAAAGAGAAAGAGAAAAAAAGAGGG